UAUAUAAGGUCUGGAGGCUGGACCGCUGGAGAAGUGAAGACUUGAACCCCCAGCUGAGGAGUCCUGCUCAGACACAGUCACUGCCUCUGUGAAGCUUCUUGGGAAAUCACAUUCUGGGGAUAAGCUGAUUCUGUGAAGCACCCUCAUCCAUCUCCUGCCAUGUUCCCCACAGGGCCUGGGGUAAAGAUGUUGGGGACCAAGGCCUGCAUAUCCUUUCUUCUGGUCCUGGAGGUCACCUCUGUGUUGGGGAGGCAGACAACGCUAACUCAAUCAGUGAGAAGAGUUCAGCCUGGGAAGAGGACCCCCAGAAUCUUUGCCACGCCUGUGGACCCUCUGGACAGUCCUGGUGAGUGGACAACAUGGUUCAACAUCGACCACCCAGGUGGGCAGGGUGACUAUGAGCGGUUGGACGCCAUUCGCUUCUACUAUGGGGACCGUGUAUGUGCCCGGCCCCUAUGGCUAGAGGCUAGGACCACUGACUGGAUACCUGCAGGCCGCACUGGCCAGGUGGUCCAUGGCAGCCUCCGUGAGGGUUUCUGGUGUGUCAACAGGGAGCAGCGAUCUGGCCGGAACUGCUCCAACUAUACUGUUCGCUUCUUCUGCCCACCAGGGUCCCUGCACCGAGAUGCGGAGCGCACCUGGAGUGCCUGGUCUCCCUGGAGCAAGUGCUCAGCUGCCUGUGGUCAGACGGGGGUUCAGACCCGUACACGUACCUGCUUGGCAGAGACAGUGUCACUGUGCAGUGAGGCCACUGAGGAGGGCCAACUCUGCGUGGGCCAGGACUGUACAGACUGUGACCUGACCUGUCCCAUGGGCCAGGUGAAUGCUGACUGUGAUGCCUGUAUGUGCCAGAACUUUGUGCUGCAAGGGGCUGUCUCCCUCCCCGGGGGUACCCCAGCCUCAAGGGCCACUGUCUACCUGCUGACCAAGACUCCUAAGCAAUUGACCCAGACAGACAGUAAUGGAAGGUUCCGAAUCCCUGGCUUGUGCCCCGAUGGCAAAACCAUCCUGAAGAUCACAAAGGCCAAGUUUGCCCCCAUCAUACUCACAAUGCCUAAGACUAGCCUGAAGUCAGCCACCAUCAAUGCAGAGUUCAAGAGGGCAGAGACUCCAUAUAUUGUGAUGAAUCCUGAGACAAAAGCACGGAAAGCUGGGCAGAGUGUGGCCCUGUGCUGUAAGGCCACAGGGAAGCCUGGUCCAGACAAGUAUUUCUGGUACCACAAUGGCACACUGCUGGACCCCUCUCUCUACAAGCACGAGAGUAAGCUGGUGCUGAGGAACCUGAAGCCAGGCAAGGCUGGGGACUAUUUCUGCAAGGCUCAGAGUGAUGCUGGGGCUGUGAAGUCUCAGGUUGCCCGUCUGUCUGUUAUAGCCUCUGAUGAGACCCCCUGUAACCCAACCCCUGAGAACUACCUUAUCCGGCUACCCCACGACUGCUUUCAGAUUGCCACCAACUCCUUCUAUUAUGAUGUGGGCCGCUGCCCUAUCAAGACCUGUGCGGGGCGGCAGGAUAACGGGAUCCGGUGCCGGGAUGCUGUGGAGCACUGCUGUGGCAUCUCCAAGACAGAGGAGAGGGAGAUCCAAUGCAGUGGGUACACACUGCCUACUAAGGUGGCCAUCGAGUGUAGCUGCCAACGGUGUACAGAGACCCGGAGUAUUGUGCGGGGCCGGGUUAGUGCCGCUGACAAUGGGGAGCCCAUGCGCUUUGGCUAUGUGUAUAUGGGGGGAAGCCGGGUGAGCAUGACAGGCUACAAAGGCACUUUCACCCUCCAUGUACCCCAGAACACUGAGAGGCUGGUGCUUACCUUUGUGGACAGGCUGCAGAAGUUUGUCAAUACCACCAAAGUGCUGCCCUUCAACAAGAGGGGAAGCUCAGUGUUCCAUGAGAUCAAGAUGCUUCGGCGUAAAGAGCCCAUCACCUUAGAGGCCUUGGACACCAACAUCAUCCCACUUGGGGAGAUGAUUGGUGAAGACCCAGUGGCUGAGCUGGAGAUUCCAUCCAAGAGUUUCUACAGGCAGAAUGGGGAGCCAUAUACAGGAAAAGUAAAGGCCAGUGUGACCUUUCUAGAUCCCCGGAAUAUUUCCACAGCCACAGCAGCCCAGAGUGACCUGAACUUCAUCAAUGAUGAAGGAGAUACCUUCCCUCUUCGGACAUAUGGCAUGUUCUCUGUGGACUUCAGAGAUGAGGCCACCUCAGAGUCACUCAAUGUUGGCAAGGUGAAGGUCCACCUAGAUUCAACCCAGGUCAAGAUGCCAGAGCAUGUGGCCAUAAUGAAACUCUGGUCACUCAAUCCAGACACUGGGCUGUGGGAGGAGGAAGAUGACUUCAAAUUUGAAAGCCAAAGGCGGAACAAAAGGGAAGAGAGAACGUUUCUGGUGGGCAAUAUGGAGAUCCGUGAGAGGAGGCUCUUUAACCUGGAUGUUCCUGAAAACAGGAGGUGCUAUAUCAAGGUGAGGGCCUAUCGGAGUGAGAGGUUUUUGCCCAGUGAGCAAAUCCAGGGAGUUGUGGUCUCUGUGAUCAACCUGGAGCCUAGGACUGGCUUCUCAUCCAACCCCAGGGCCUGGGGCCGCUUUGACAGUGUUAUCACGGGCCCCAAUGGAGCCUGUCUGCCUGCCUUCUGUGAUGACCAGUCUCCUGAUGCCUACUCUGCCUAUGUUUUGGCAAGCCUGGCUGGAGAAGAACUUGAAGCAGUACAGUCUUCUCCUAAAUUCAACCCCAAUGCAAUUGGUGUCCCUCAGCCCUACCUCAACAAACUCAAGUACCGGCGGUCAGACCAUGAAGACCCACGGGUUAAAAAGACAGCUUUCCAGAUCAGCAUGGCCAAGCCAAGACCCAACUCAGCUGAAGAGAGCAAUGGACCUAUCUAUGCUUUUGAAGACCUCCAGGCAUGCGAGGACGCACCUCCUAGUGCAGCCCACUUUCGUUUCUACCAGUUUGAGGGGGAUCGUUAUGACUAUAACACAGUCCCCUUCAACGAGGAUGAUCCCAUGAGCUGGACUGAAGAUUACCUGGCAUGGUGGCCCAAGCCAAUGGAAUUCAGAGCCUGCUACAUCAAGGUGAAGAUCGUGGGGCCACUGGAGGUGAAUGUGCGGUCCCGGAAUAUGGGGGGCACCCACCGGCAGACAGUGGGGAAGCUGUAUGGAAUCCGAGAUGUGAAGAGCACACGGGAUAGGGAUCAACCCAAUGUCUCAUCUGCCUGUCUAGAGUUCAAGUGCAGUGGGAUGCUCUAUGACCAGGACCGGGUAGACCGUACCCUGGUGAAAGUUAUUCCCCAGGGUAGCUGCUAUCGAGCCAGUGUGAAUUCUAUGCUGCAUGAAUAUCUGGUCAAUCACCUGCCAUUGGCAGUCAACAAUGACACUAGUGAGUACACCAUGUUGGCGCCCUUGGACCCAUUGGGUCACAAUUAUGGCAUCUACACUGUCACUGACCAGGACCCUCGCACAGCCAAGGAAAUCGCGCUUGGCAGGUGUUUUGAUGGAACAUCUGAUGGCUCCUCCAGAAUCAUGAAAAGCAACGUGGGAGUGGCCCUCACCUUUAACUGUGUAGAGAGGCAGGUGGGCCGCCAGAGUGCUUUCCAAUACCUCCAAAGCAAUCCUGUCUCACCACCUGCCCCAGGCACUAUCCGAGGGAGAUUGGCCACCAGGAGGCAGCAGCGGGCAAGUAGAGCAGGCCAGCUUAGGCGAGGAGAGGCGUCCUCUCUGAGGCUCCUUGGGGUUGAUCAACAAAGGCUGAACAACUGAGUUUCCUGGUGCUCUGUCCUCUUCCCCUCUCCCCCCCACCUCAUGUGACAGCCAUUGUGAGACUGCUGCACAAACUGUCACUGGGUUAAUUUAAGCACAUCUGUACAUCUGUUCUGGUGCAAUUUGCUUGUUUGUUUCUUCAUGCCUUUACUUACUGUCUUUGUCCCAUGAUACUGAUUGGCAUGUAGCCCUCAAAAUGGCAAAAUAAAGUCCCUCUGUCUUGUCCUUUAAAAGAAAUUGGCAAGUGAUAAAACUCUGUGACUUUGACUUUUCCAUUUAGUUCCCCCAGCGGAAAUGUACUUCCUUUUCUUUUUGCAUGGUCUUGCCCACCUCUGUGAUAAUAAAAAUCAGAUUUUGAGUUCAAAUAACCAAAUAAAGCAUAUUUCUUGGUCUUGCUCCACAGGAUGUAAGUAAGCACUCCAUCAUGGUUCAUAUGUAUAAAUGGUGGUGAAAUAAAGGAAUAAACUAUAAUAUUUGUACUUGAAAUGUAAAUAACUUAUUUAUUUCUUUGCUCAAUUUAGAACUCUAGUGCACAUUCAGUGUGAAGCUGUCGAUUAUAGGGUGAUCAUGGUUCCUCUAUCAAGUAGGAAAACAACAUCUUCUUGUAUCCACAAUGGCAUGAGAUUACUAAUUAUAUUAGCAUGUUUCUCUUAUACUUCUUUUGUUCUAGCUAGAAGCCUAGUGUAGCCCAGGGCAGAUGACAAUAAAUGCACAUUUUGUACUUUGAUUCUG